AUGGGCCAAACAGCUUCUCAACCCAUGCCAGACAGGAGUCUGCAGGUCAUCGGCGCCGGUCUUUCACGAACGGGAACCACAUCUUUUGGCGCCGCCUGCUCAUAUCUUCUUGACGGACCCUGCUAUCAUGGCGGUACCCAGAUGUUGAACUCACCCGAAUCUCAUAUCAAACGGUGGAUUGACAUCUGCCGGCUCGCACCACCCAAGAAUGCUGCCGACCGAAAGGCGUUGAACGCUGGCGUAAAGGAAAUGCUCGAUGGCUAUGUUGCGUGCACAGAUCUUCCCUCCAAUGCCUUCGUCGAGGAGUUGAUGACAUGCUACCCGGACGCCAAGGUCAUCUGCUCCGUUCGAGACCCCGACAAGUGGUGGAACAGUCUGGCGCCGAUUGUCGAGAAGGGAAACCUCACAGUUCUAUCCUGGAUACUGGCACCUCUUCCAACACUAAGGAUGUUCAGAACAUACCACGAUGCACUGGACGAAGGUCGCGUUGGCGAGCUGUACUUCCGACCAGGCGAGCCACAGAGACCUACCCGAGCCAUGUACGAGAGGCAUAUCGAACACCUCAAGAAAGUCGUCCCGAAAGAGAAGCUGUUCUUCUAUGACGUCCGUGACGGCUGGGAACCUCUAUGCGCCAUUCUCGGCGUCCCAGUGCCCAAGGACGUUCCCUUCCCCAAGCUCAACGACGCUCAAGCAAUGGAGGCUUUCAUGAAGAAGAGUAUGCAACGUGGAUUGAUGGCAUGGGCUGGUAUCAUGCUCACCAUCGGUGCUGCUGGAUUUUCGGCCGCAAGAUAUGCCAAAUUGUUUUGA